AUGAGUUCAAAAAUACACUCAGUUGAUGUGGAAAAAGAUGCUUUCUCAAAUGCUAUUCCUGAGAUUGAAAUUCUGAAGAGAAGAAAGAAAGAAGAAAUAGAGAAACAACAAGUUCUUGAAAUACAGGAACUUGAAAAAGCAAGCAAGAUUCUUGGAAAGCAGUGUCUGAGUGAGAUGAAUGAAGAAGUUCUGUUAAUUCUUCAUGCUCAGGCUAGACAACUACAGGAGAAGAAAACAUAUGCUCAAGCAGCUGAAUCUGCUGUCUCUAAACCUGCUGUCUCAAAACCAGCUCAAAAUCCCAAGAAAACUGAGAAGAAUACUGCUCAUGCCUCUAUUCAUAGAAAAGUGGAAAAGAAAAUGCAAAAAGAGAAAAACUUCCAAAUCUCCAGAAAUAGAAGACUUAUUCUCAAAGUCUCAAACCAGGACAUUCUGCAAAGAAACAAGCUAAACUCAAAUCUCAUUUUCAGAAUCAGAAAUGAAAUUAAUCAGCAGUUCUUUUCUCAGUUGAUGACUGAUAUUGAAGUUCAAAAACCAGUUAUAGCUUCAAUUGAGCCAUCAUUCUUUGAAAACUCCAUCAUUCUGACUACAAUGCCUGAAUUCAGUGCUGAAUUCCUUAUUCAGAAUGAGAAUCUCUGA